AUGCCAGUCGAGGAACAGCAGCAUUCAGAAGGAAAUGUACUCAUCAAGUCGUACAGGCUGUUCAAUGAUGAUGAAACAUUGUCUGCCCAGUUUAUUGAGUAUGGAGCUACAUUAACUCAUUUUUUAGUAACAACCUCAGAUGGCACAGUUAGAGAUAUUGUAUUGGGAUUUGACCAUCCUUUUGAAUACAUGCGAGUCGGACAUGCUCAGAAUCCCUAUUUUGGCUGCAUUAUUGGACGUGCAUGCAAUAGAACUGCUUUUGGCAAAUUUCAUCUGAAUGAUCAGGACUACUUGCUGGAUAAUAACAACGGACCAAACCAUCUUCACGGUGGAAUCAAUGGAUUUGACAAAUGCAUGUGGAAAGGAUCCAUUCUUUCCCAUCAUCCACCAUCCAUCUCGUUCACUUUUAAAUCUCAAAACAAUGAUCAAAACUAUCCAGGCUCACUGAAUAUUACCAUCACAUAUACCUUACAGGCUACGGAUCUAGUAGUUCAAAUCGAGGCAAUAAUGGAUACAGAUCAGCCCGACAGUUUACAGACAUAUGUGAAUCUUACCACGCAUCCAUACUUUAAUCUCGACGGGAUGGUAAACCCAACUGUACUGGAUCACACAAUUGACAUGGCUGGCGUAAAAGGUGUUCUUGAACUAGACGAUACUCAAAUUCCUACAGGAAAAGUGUUGGACUGCACGGAUUUUGCUGAUCGAGAUAUUGGGUUUGCCCAGAUCCAUACAAAACCCGAUUACUUUUUACCAAUCACACAUCCACAGACUAUUGCAAAUGGAUUGGAAUGUAUUGUGCGAUUUGGCGGUGUGGAUCACUUUUAUUUGAAAUCCCAUUCUACCAAAACAAAAUCCGAUGAUGAGUUGGAUUCAAAAUUGAAACAUUGCGACCUAGGUCCGCCUGUAAUGCGGCUGGCCUCUCAUGCAUCUGGAAUCGCGUUGGAGAUGUAUACCGAUGCACUAGGCAUUCAAGUCUAUACCUCGAAUUGGUUAGAUGGAUCACUUUCUGCAAAAAAAUCCAGCCAGCCAAGCAAUGCUCAGUAUGGACGAUUUUCUGCUGUAUGUUUUGAGCCUUCUGCACCACCCAAUUCCAUCAAUAAUCCAGCCUAUCGCCAUUUGGUUGUCAUGGAUAAACAUAAUCCCUGGACACAAACAAGUAUAUACCGUGUUAUGUUGAUAUAG